GUUGCUAUGGAGAGUGGCUAAAGCCCGCCUGUGGCAGCGCCCUGGGCCUGCGUCCUCGGGCUGGGUUUGCGUGGACGAUGUUGAGCCUCACAGAGCUUCCGCAAAAGAGCGCAGACUUGGCGGAGAUACGGUCCGGGCCCCUGGGUCGCUGCAGUCACUUUUUUUGGCUGGGCGUCGCCUUCGACGCGGUGGGUGUGGCAGUGCUGUUCACUGGCGUCUUUGCCAACUUGUUGUUCUACGAUAUGUUGCUCUAUUUGGGUUCCAUCAUCAUCUUCGUCAGUCUCCUGUGGUGGAUCUCCUGGUACACCGGCAACAUCGAGGCGCUCCCGGAAGAAGCCCUGAGGGGGAAUUCUUCCCGCGAGGGCGGGGUGCACCGUAGCGGCAGCUAUCGCUUCUCGCUGACCCUCAGGAACGUCUCUAACACCUUUCAGCGGAUCCGCAGGCGGCGGCGGCGGCGACUCCACCCGCGGGUCGUCCAGGGAAUCAGUAGCAUCAGCACCGACCCUGGCCAGCUAGAAAGGAACUGCGACGCCAGAACCGCGGGUGGCAGAGCGUUGUUCCGUCCAGCGAAGCCUGAGUCUGUUCUGAACCAGUUUAGCGGAGUCCAAGCCUCCAAGAGCCUGCCUCUGGUCCUUGUCCAUACCCCUCUUUCCAUUUGUACUUCUAGGAGCCAACCUGUAUUUUCGGUGACUUCGCAGAGCUACCCUCUGGCGUCUGACAGCAAUUCUCGGAUGGCUUUGUCCUCUACAGGGGUGCCUGUGGAUUCUCAUCCUCAGCAGCGCUCUAACAUCAGUGUGGCCUCUCAGAUCUACCCUCUGGAACGGGCAGAAAGUCAGAGCCACCUCCUGGUGCCUGUGUCCUCUGAAAGUUUCUCUGUGAUCUCUCAGAGCCACCCCCAGUUCUCUGACAGCUAUGUGUCUAUGUCUGUGGACCAUCACUCUCUGGAGUGCUCUAAGAUCAGUGUGGCCUCUCAGACAUACCCUCUGGAACGGGUAGAAAGUCAGAGCAACCUCCUGGUGAUCCCUGACAAUUUAUCUAUGGUACCCAUGAUCUCUCAGAGUCUAAUCCAGCCCUCUGUAUCCUCUGAAAGCUGUGUGCCUGUGGACCUUCACUCUCAGGGGCGCUCUAAGAUCAGUGUGGCCUCUGAGAUCUACCCUCUGGAACGGGUAGAAAGCCAGAGCCACCUUCUAGUGCCCGUGCCCUCUGAAAGUUUCCCUAUGGUACCCAUAACCUCUCAGAGCCAAAUCCAGGGAUCUCUAGCCCAACAAAGUCAUCUCCAGAAUCUUCCUCCUGCCUCUCAAACUCCUGAAACUGACAAAGAUUCUAAGAGCCAAACUUUGGCCCACAGGGUUCCUGUAGUGCCACCUGGGUUUGCCCAGACUCAGCUCCCUCCGGCUUCUUUAGCCCAGAUUUCUCAAAGUCCUUCACCUGUCCAGAAGGUUUCUAAGAACUAAAGUGCUGAAGCUUUGGAGACUCUCCCAGCACCCAGCUUGAAACUAACUCAGGAGCUACCUUACCCUUUAUUACCUGUCUCUGAGGCCACACAUUCAGACACUCAGUAGUAUGACCGUUCUGGAAACCCUUCAGCCUUGGGGACAGUGAGGAAAAUCACCCUUUCUAAUAGGAAUCAGACACUAGCCAUUUGAAUGUCUACUAAGGUCUUUGCCAAGUAAGUGGCUUGAAAGAAAAGUUACCAACAUUAUUACCCUUUUUAUUGUUAAUGUUCUAGUGGCUUUUUCAGUUCCUGUAGUGGGAACAAAGUGGCCUUGGACUUCAGGGAUUAGCAGUUUUGAUGUUUUUGAGACCAGUUCUUUGAGUAGUUGAGACCUAAGGUUUUGACUACUUUAUUGGAUAAUGAAAUCUCCUUUUGUUUAAGGUUAGAGGAGGGAGCCAGAGGAAUGUCAUUCUUUUAGGAAGCUAUAACAUCUGGAGAUGGGUGGAAGAUUUAGAUUCUGUAAGGGUUCCCUUGGAAGAAGACAGUUUUAAUUUGUACAGGGACUUAAAGCUAAAUGACACUGGGGAAGUUAUUUCUUUUUAAUAUAUUUGACUUUUGUCAGAGAGGCUAACUUUUAUUGGAGUCAGUGCCCUUCCAAAUGCCCCUAUAAAGCUUCAAGGCAAAACCUGUUCCCAGCUAGACAUUAAUAAUCUUCAUAUUCAUACACUUUUCAGUGAGUCACUUCUACUUAAUGCCAAAUGAUAUUAAUUUCCUGUUUACAACAGUGAUAGUUGCUGUUUAAAUUUAUCAUCUAAAUAAAACAUUUUGUACAAUG